UCUAGAAAUAGAAGAAAAGAGCUUUAAUUGCUCUGAAACUGAUGAAAUUAAAAAUACAGCUCUAUUUGUGGAAACAGGUUUUUUUCCUUUCCAUAGACAGCACUUUACCAUCCUGUUUGCCUGCAAAUACACAAGAAAAUAGUGACCGAGAUAUUACCAAUGGUUUGAUAAAGAAAAUUCUGAGCAGAACUGAAGCUCAAGCAUGCAAUAGUCGAGAUGUAAUACCACCCCACAUCAGUCAGAUUUGUGAUGAAUUAUUUGUCAUACAUGAGAAACUCCAGAGAGAAAGUUCAGCACAGCGGGAGUAUGCUCUGCAGCUCCAGGAACAAGAGUGUUUUCUAACAGAGCGAGAAGCAUUGCUCUUCAGACAUGAGGCAGUGUUGGCUAAAAUAAGAGGUGUUGAAGAAGAAGUUCACACAAAAUUUGGAAUUAUAAAAGAGCAACACGAGGCAGAAGUUAAACAGCUGACAGAAGCCUUGAGAGAAAUAACUAAAGAAAAUAGGAGGCUGAAGUCAUCAUUUGACACGUUGAAGGAAAUGAAUGACUCUUUAAGAAAACAGUUAAGUGAUGUAACUGAGCUGAACAAGAAGUUGGAAGGUCAAGCAAGAAAAGUACAAGCUCGUUUAGAGAAUCUACAAAGGAAGCAUGAAUUUUUAAUGGUACAGAAGUCUAAGAAUAUAUGUCAAGUGGUGCAAAAAAGUAAACCUGUCAAGCAGGAAAAAGGGAUGGGAACAUCAAAAACUACUAAGCUACCUUUGAGUUCACAAGUUUAUGAGCUUUUAACUUUUCUUAUGGAUUGGAUCUCAGACCAGCACCUUAGCAAAAUAAAAAUACAAGAAGAAAGAGAGGAUAAUCAUAAACUUAGAGUUACCCAGACCUCCAAGAAAACCUGCACUCAGGAAAAGUGUAUGAAGCUUUUGCCUAUAGCUGCUGAGCAACUCCAGUGGAUGCCAUUUGUGAAUCCUAAACUACACGUGCCUGUGAUUAAAUUUAUUUACUGGUCUAUAAGACAGUUAGACACUGGUGUUCAGCAUGCAAUACUGGCAUCAACAAUGAGGAGACUUGGCGAAGAUAUUUUCAAAGGCAUAGUAAGCAAAAGAAACCCACAUAGUUCUUCUGAAGAGUUUGCAGAGGGUAAAUCAAAAUCAGCAGCUUUCUUUAAGAGUUCCUGUUUGCCUUUGAGGUUUCUGUCAACUUUAGUUGUACUUAAAACAGUGACACAAGUGGAUUACCUGGCUCAGGCUUUUGAUUCACUUCACGUAGACUUGAAGACAGAUGAAGGGAAGGCCUUAUUUUUGGAAUACCAAUGUGUGCCUGUCAUAUUAAGUCACUUAAAAAUAUCUAGUAGAGUUCUGCUUUCCAGUGCUCUUGAUGGAUUACUUCAGAUGACCAUGGAAUCUGGUUCCUUACAGCCUUUCCUGGAAGCCUGCAGUAAUGAAUCCUUCUUCCAUACUUGCUCUGCAUUGCUUCGAAGUCCUAAGCUAGAUGUUCAGAUUUUGGAAAAGCUCAGUGUUCUACUGCAAAAACUCUCCAGAAUAAAAAGCAAUAAGAAGAUGUUUGAAUUGUUUGCUCUUCACCAAACGAUCCAAGAACUUCAUAGGACUACAAAUCCAGAUCAUGCUUUCCUCUGUAUAAAUCUCAAUUCAAUUCUGUUGAAUUUGGGAUUGCUGAGGAAUAACUCCCUUACCUCUAGUCUAAGCACAAGUCACUAGCACUAUCUUUCAGUGUAAUUAUUGUUCUGUAUAAUCUAGACUAACUGCCUCUGUUACUUGAAACUUAAUUAUUUUCUAUACUGUUUUAUAGAAGUAAAUGAGACUGAACUCCCAGUACUGUAUGGGCUACUCUGUAUCAUGUUG